GUUUCGCCAACUGAUUGUGAAAGUGAAUGAUGAAGUCUGUAGCUCUGGUAUUUUAGAUGUUGCUGUCAGCUUUGAUGGGAUUUGGGCGAAGAGAGGUUUCACCUCUUUAAUUGGUGUAUUUUUUGUGACCUCUUUGGAAACUGGUGAGGUGUUGGACUACCACGUUUUAUCAAAGUCUUGUCAAAAGUGUUUGCAUAAAAAGUCACAAUGUCAAAACAAUGUUGAUGCAUUUGAGGAAUGGAAAAGAGAGCGUGAAGCUUCUGGAGAGUGUGACAUGAAUUUUACUGGGAGUUCACCUGGCAUGGAAGCUGAAGGAGCUUCUGUUCUUUGGAAUAGGACCCUUGAUAAGCAUAACAUGAGAUACAAGUGGAUGGUAUGUGAUGGGGAUAGUAAAUCACAUAGCACUGUUAAAGGACAAUGGCAGUAAUUUUUUUUAUUCUUGAUAUCUAUUAAACAUACCUACGGAAUACUUAAUUAUGUAUUUUCAAUUGUCUAUCGCGUUUAGUUUUUCAGAAAUUCAUAAAACGUUCAACAGUCGUCUGCCAUCUUGAAAAAAACCUGGUAUGCCAAUUUAUGUGAGAAUAAAUUUGUGACAUCAGGAGCAGGGAAACAACAACCUUGUACCCAGGGUCUUGCCUAUGGGAAAGACCCUGGUUGGGGCUGGUCAUGUGACUUUACAAAAAUAUAUUGGCUAAGGGGGGAGGGCAGAGUAUCAAAUAACAUGCUUCCACAAAAAAUGUUAAACUUCCAUUACAAGGAGUGGGUCAGAGUGAUCUAAAUUAUAUUUCGUUAUUUUUGUGAUACAUGGUUCGAAAUGCCUGCUAAUGUUUGUGUUUUUCUGUUUGCUUUUCCAUUACAAAUUAAAACAUUUUAAAAUUUUGUCAACAGUCAAAUCAACAAUUCAAGCUAGAAAAUCGCAUGCUUUGAAGAUGUUUUGUAUCAAAUCGGUCACUAUAAGAGGUCAGUUGACAGUUAUAAAUACUGUUUUUAUAUUUCUAAUAUUUCUAUAAAAAAAAAUAAGCCAUAAGAUAGAUUUGUUAAUUCUUGUUUGCAAAUGUUGAUAUGCUUUGAACUGAUUUACUGAUAAUUUUCAAAAGUAAACUAUAUCACAAGUUUGUAAGCCAAUGGCAAUGUCAAACAUUUGGCCUCUAGCUAAACAGAUAGAAUGCCUACUUUACCUCCAUGCAUGAAUCAAGCAAAAGAAUAACAGCAAUAUAUAGAGUAUAAAAACAUAAUUUUUCUGAUAUACACAAAAUGAAUGACAUUCUAUUAUGGCAUGAAAUAAUGCUCUCAAUACUCAAUAGACAUAACAUUUAGACCUUGAUAGCUAUUAAACUACCUCAGCUUUCGUUGAGAAGAAGCCGUUUAUAUAAUAUAUAUAUAUAUAUACAAAUUAUUUUGUUCUCUGGAUUCUAAUUUAAAUGUUUUGAGCUUUCGACUCAGUACUUCGAGCAUUCAUCAGAAAGUUGGAAUGUUUGAAUUUUCACGCUGUUCUCGUUCUUGAAGCCUUUGGGAACGUCUGAUUGGUUGAUCACAGAUUUCGGCUGAUGGAUUGUUAUUGGUUGCCAUGGAGUGCGGGUGAUUGCAAUCAUUGUGAGUUGAUAUUGAGAAGGAAGUUGCGGGUGGGUUAAAGGUUAAUGAAGGCAAAACAGGACUUUUGUGUGAGUGUUUUAGUUGUAAGUAUAUUACAGGAAUGUCAAUACGGCGGUUAAAUGUUAGUUUAUCUAUACUAUGCCACGCUUCUUUAAACUCACAGGCAUGUUUCGUGGUAGCUUGUCCUAGGCAUCUCGUUUGAGACCAGUCAAAUUUGUGUCUGUUAUUGUCUGCGUGCAUGGCUGGGAGUGAAUUAUGGUCAUGUCUGUUAAUGGCGUUUUGAUGUUCGGUUAAUCUGGUCUGAAUUUUCUUAGACGUUUGUCCAAUGUACUUGUUGGGGCAGUUGUUGCAAGUAAACAUGUAAAUGGCAUUAUGUUUUUUGGUUACGUUUGUUUUGUCUUUAUGAUUAGUGAACUUGGAUCUAAGUUUGCAUGUUGGUUUGUGUGCAAUGUCGAUGUUGAAAGGUCUGAGAAGUCUAGCUGUCAUUUCCGACGUGGUGUUUAUAUAAGGAAGUGUGAUCCUCUUUCUUGUUUGGUUUGUUUGGUCUGUGUUAGUUGGUUUCCUAUGUGAUAGUACUUUGUUGACAAAGUCCAAGGGGUAGCCAUUUUUGUGAAAAGUAGAGUAUAAGUAUUUGCAUUCAUCUCGUUUAGAUUCCUCAGUGCUGCAAUGCAUGUCAAUUCUGUUGAAAAGUGUUUUUAUGCAACUAAUUUUGUGCUGUGUGGGGUGGUUGCUGUUGUAAUUUAAUAUUUGGUCUGUGUGCGUUUUCUUGCGAUAUACUUGUGUGUUUAAGGUGCCGUUGUCAGUUCUUGUUAUUAAUACGUCCAAAAAUGAUUUUAUUGCCGUGUUCUUCCUCUUUAGUAAACUUGAUGUUUUUAGUGGUGGUGUUGUUGAUCGUUUGUAAGAUGUUUUCCGUUUUGUCUUUUUUAACAGUCGCAAAUACAUCAUCAACAUAACCUGUCCCAUGUUUUGAUGUCAUUGUUAUUUGUCACAGCUUUAUUUUCCAGGUCUUGCAUCACUGCUUCAGCAAGGAAACUGGAAAGAGGUGACCCCAUUGGAGUGCCAGAGAUUUGUCUGUAGUAAUUGUUUUGAAAGCAGAAUUCAGUUGAAAGACAUAGGUCAAGUAAAUCGAGAAUGUCUUGUAUAUUAAGUUGCGUGUGUGAUUGCCAUGAGGUAUUGUUAGUAAGAUGUUUUCUGGUUAUUUGUCUUGCUGUGUCAAGAGGAAUGGAAGUGAAUAAGGAAACAACGUCAAAGGAAAUCAUGAUUUCAUCAGGUUCAACUCUGAGAUCUUUCAUUUUCAACAGAAAGGCUUUGGCAUUAUUGACAGAAUGAGGUGAUGACUUAAUCAGAGGUUUGAGAAUGUCAGAGAGAACUUCGAUAGGUUGUACGUAGGGGAUCCAGGAAGGGAAACAAUUGGUCGGAGAGGGUUAUUCUCUUUAUGUAUUUUUGGAAGUCCAUAGAAUUUAGCAAUAGUUGGGUCUGACUCGAUCAUAAAUUUGUUUGCUUAGUUUGUCUUGGUCCUUGAGGGUUUUAAGUUUCGUGUUAAUUCGAUUCACUGUAGUUUUACUUGGGUCGGUGUCAAGUGGCUGAUAAGUGUUAGUGUCAUUAACAAGUGCUUUAGCUUUAUUAGUGUAAUCUGAUUUGUCCAUGACAACAGUCAUGCAUCCUUUGUCUGCGGGUAGAAUAAUAACAUCAUCAUCGUUCUUAAGGUCUUUCAAUGCUUCGCGUUCUUGUUUGAUAUAUAUAUAUAUAUAUAUAUGAACAUUCAUUUGAAUAAAUGAAUAUUCAAACAAUCUCAAAGCCCCAAACCAUUCGAUUACUAAUAUCAGGAAUAAAAAAAAUUAUUGCCAUUGUAUAAAAAUUGGACUGUGUGGGCAAACAUUUAUUGAAGUUGAAAGCUAGUUUUAAAGGCAAAUCAGCAGAUGGAAAAUCAAUAGGAGGUAGUGGAAGACUCACAGAAGAAAAAAUUAAACAACUUCAAAAAUAUUAUGCCCUGGUGAUAUGCCAAAAUACUAUUAAAAGUGCAAAUUCAUCAGAAGAAGAAAUUAAUACUGCAGUUUACACAAUGAAAAAAAAACAUUGCUACACUACACCACAGUGUAAAGCUUCAAGAUGCCACUAAACAUCGCUUCCACCUGAAAGGUGAACAAUUAUGGUGUAAAUGGCAACAGGAUUUGGCAAGUGUGACACGCACUUACAAAGAUGACAACUGCUUACUUGAAGCAUUCUUUGAGGUUUUAAAACCAACGUUUGUGACACUUGCUGACAGUAAACUUUUAGAAAGAUAUAUUAGAGGAGCAACUCAAAAUCCCAAUCAGACCUUGAAUUCAAUGGUUUGGAUUCGAUGCCCUAACUUAAGCACAGAUAUCAUGGAUUCAAAGUUGUUCGGUGUGCUGUAG